AUGAAAUCCCCUGCAUUCAUUCUCGGCUUUUGGCCGAUUUUCUUCACCUUGUGUUGCGUUUGGGGGGCAGAUGCGGCCCAUCCCAGCACCGUGACAGAUGUUCUAGAUAAUUCCACUCCGAAACUUGAACCCGAAUACCGCCUCCAUGCCGAACAGAUCAACAGGGGUGAAGAUGAUGCUUCUAUCAGCUACGGGUAUCCUGAUCCCUACGGCCCAAUCACCUACGGAUCUAAUACAUGUCAGUAUCAGGCUUCCGUUCUUCCAAUUCGGUGCGAGUGUAGAUUCCACUUCACCCUCGCAAUCGGCUUCCUCGCUGCGUGGGACCGACAAGAGCCUCGAAUUUUCGACCACCGGUCUAGAGACCGGUUCUAUUACAAGCCCGUCAGCUCUUACCACCCCCAUCAGCUCAGAACCUGCCAGUAA